AUGGCGAGACAGCGGGUGUCAGAGACCGUCUUCAUUGCACUGAACUACAACAUCACCACUGUAGGGAACGUUUGGCUAGUUCUGAUGAUCCUCCUACGUGUUCUGGUCUUGUUAUUUGCUGGCUAUCCUCUCUACCAGGACGAGCAGGAAAGAUUUGUGUGCAACACCAUCCAGCCUGGGUGUGCCAACGUGUGCUACGAUAUAUUCGCUCCCCUGUCCCUGUUCCGCUUCUGGCUGCUCCAGCUUGCCUCUGUAUUCUUGCCUUAUGCUCUGUUCGUUAUCUUUGUAAUCCACAAAGUAACAUCCAGCCUACCCGUACCUGCUGAGACGUCCGACAGGAUGAAGGCGGGGUCUGUUCAGAAGACCCACCGGGAGCCUUAUGGUGAAGCAUGUCUGGUGAAGCCCAUCAUGAAGUCUGAGGGCAGGAGACUGCCUCGUUUCACGAGAGCCUACACCCUCCAGCUUCUGUUCCGGAUCCUUCUGGAAGGUGGAUUCAGCGCCGCUCAUUACUACCUGUUCGGUUUGCGCGUCCCCUCGCGCUUCAUGUGCCAGCAGAUGCCCUGCACAUCCACCGUGGACUGCUACCCGUCCCGCGCCUCAGAGAAGACCGUCAUGCUCGGCUUUAUGCUGGGGGCGUCUGGCAUCUGCUUCCUCCUCAGUGUGCUCGACCUGGCCUGCGCCAUCACGCGUUUGCUGAGGCAGGAGAGGAAGAGGAAGAUGAGGGUGAAGAAGAUGUACGAGGAGGCGCGGUACUUCGCCUCCAAUCCCGACGGCGCCGCGCCUUGUGGCCCGCUGCCCGGAAGCUUCAGGAAAAGAGCAGGAAAGCAGCCGCUUCCGUCCUGCGAAGGGACACCUCUGGGCGCCGGCCUGGACUUGCCUGUCUGCGACGCUGAUGGAGGCGGCGGUUUUCAGGUGGUGCAGGACGAAGGGGUGGAGUGUGAGGGCAGCGAGGUGCCCCUCUGCCCUCCUGAGCCCCUGCCCACCCCCAGAACCAUCCGGGUGAGCAAGCUCGGCCGCCUCAAGCCUCUGCCCCCGCCCAGGCGUGACAGGGCACCCGGCACGGGGACCAUGGACCUCUCUGGAGCGGUGUACACACGGAGGGUGGGCCAGUACUCACUAGUGGAGAUGGGCUCCAGGAGUGAAGCAGCGUCCAGCGCUGGAGACGGACUGGAAAAGAGGUCAGAGUGGGUGUGA